AUGGAGAAACUCGGUCUGGAGAGGAGAAAACGACCCUCGGCCGAAUUACAUACUGCAUUGAAUCUUGUCAAUGCUCUCGCCGGUAAUGCCAUUGCCCUUCACCAAAAGGCGGAACGGUCGUCGCUUGUGAUUGCCAGAAAUCUUGCCAAAUCACUCGCUGCCGAAGAGGCGGGGGAAACAUUGACGGCGAUGGAAUCCCCUGGCGAGUGUGUACCAAUUGAGGUUGUCAAGCCUCUCAUUUCGAGCCCCAGGGUGAAUUGGGACCAAGAUUUUGCGAAGGUGCCCUCCCUUUCAACAGAGCCAGAGAAGCCAUAUAUCCCCUUCUCAAUGUACCAUAUUCCACCAAAGAUUCUUGAGGUCAAAAUGGCUCUAGCCGAGGAAAAUGAGAAUAAGUCAUGGAACCAUACAUACUAUGUCGAUUCGAAGGGCGAGGGCGUCAAAGUCCAUGUCUGCAAAUCACUAGAGGACUGCGAGAAAGUGUUGCCACAAUUUCUGGAUGAGGAAGUCGUGGGAUUUGACCUGGAAUGGGUUUUCCCGGAGAGAAACAAGACAUCCAUAAGACAGAAUGUUGCCGUCAUCCAAGUGGCGAGUGAAUCUACGAUUGCCAUAAUACACGUGGCGCAGAUUGGCUGCGAUAGUAAUGGGAAGCCAUUGAAGUUAAAAGAAUCAGUGGAUGAACUCAUCUCGCCGACGCUUCGGAAAUUGAUUGAGUCCGAUCGAGUACUCAAAGUUGGAGUCAAUGUUCUCGGCGACCACCGGCGUUUGCAUAAAUUCCUCGGCGUCAAGCCGCAGGGUGUCUUUGAGCUCAGCGAUCUCCAUAACCUCGUCGUAUCUCUCGAAAACAACAUGCCUAAGAUUCCGAAAAGGCUGUUUGCGUUGGCUAAGCAGACGCGGGCGCAUCUGGGCCUGCCGCUGGAUAAAGGUCCAGUCAGAGUUUCCGACUGGUCGAAGCCUAUGAGCAACGUGCAAGCAAAGUAUGCCGCUGCCGAUACCUAUGCUGGACUCCGAAUCUUCGAUGUUCUGGAGACCAGACGCAUGGCCUUAAACCCUCGCCCCCGUCGACCGGAGUGUAGAGCUAUCGAAGAUACCUCCGAAGACUGUGCUCCUACCACCACCACAACCAGCACCACGGUAACAUCCACCACCACUACCAAAACUACGGUCUUAACCUCCUCCGUAAUCACGGCCAUCCCAACAUCAGCGGAAGGCUGCGACACCGAAUCCACCACGGCCACCCCAACAUCAACGGAAGGCCGCGAAACCGAAUCCCCUACGGCCACCCCAACAUCAACGGAAGGCUGCGACACCGAAUCCCUCUCAGCCACCCCAACAUCGACGGAAGGCUGCGACCCCGAAACCACCACGGCCACCCCAACAUCAACGGAAGGCUGCGACACCGAAUCCCUCUCGGAGACAUCCAAGACCACCACCAUCACCGAGGUCUUCUCCGCCGAGAUAGAAGUAGCCUCGCAAUGGAUCAAAACCUACACCUCAUCGUGCGGCACGUCACCGCCACUUUCGAAGCCCCAGAUGCGUGCAUACGCACUGUGGCACCACGCGGAGCUCGAACUCGCGGACAUCGCAAAGAUCUGGCGGGAUCCGCCGCUUAGCGAGGAGACUGUGGCUAUCUAUCUCCUCGAGGCUAUCAAGACUGAGAAAUUGCCGUACGAUGCUCUCCGUGUCAGGGCGGCCGCGAAACAUGUACCGUACUAUUUGAAAGAUCGUUUCAAGCAUAUCUGGGAGCAGGAGGUAGAGGUUUAG